AUGAUUACAGAAUUGAAAACAGUUUCAGGAGACCCAAUUACCGUGGGAUUUGGUACUGGCACGGUGGUGAAACACUUGAAAGACCCACAUGAUCAUACUGCGACUCUGGACGAAAUUGUCAAAUUGCUUACAUAUGCCAUAAGUAUUGGAUACAACCACAUUGACACAGCUGCGGUGUACUAUACCCAACCUGAAGUCGGUAAAGCAUUUUAUGAAAGUGGAAUUGAAAGAGAGAAGGUAUUUCUUUCCACCAAGUUCAGUGUGUUCAAAGAUGAGGAAGAAAAGAGUACAAUUACAGCUACGGAAUUCGUUGAAAAAACAUUGAAGGAGCUACGUACUGAUUAUAUUGACUUGCUUUUAAUCCACCAUCCAUUCUUUGAACCAGACCAUUCGGAAAGUAAAUAUACUUUGCAUUCACUUUGGUCGGAGUUCAUCAAGAUUAAACAAUCAGGAAAGGUGAGAUACAUUGGUGUGUCCAACUUUUCAAUUUCACAUUUAAGUUCAGUUAUUGCUGUGAGUAAACCAUUUGGAAGAGAAUACUUCCCUGUGGUUAACCAAAUUGAGUUCCAUGCAUGUUUACAAAACCAAUCGCCCGAUAUCGUGUCCUUCUGUCAAAUCAAUGGGAUUUUAGUUCAUGGAUAUCUGCCAUUGACUCCCUUGUUUAGAUUGCAAGAAGGAAAUGUCUAUCUCCAUCGAUUACUCAUGGAUUUGGAAACAAAGUACAAGAAAACGAGAGCACAAAUAUUAUUAAGAUACUGUUUGGAUAAGAAGAUUGUUCCAAUUACUACAUCUUGUCAAGAAACCAGACUAAAGGAAUGUAUCGACGUUUAUGACUUCAAUUUGGAAGAACAAGAUAUCAAAAAGAUUGACAAAGAAGGGGCAAAAUCUCCUCAUCAGACUUAUUUCGCUGGCAAAUACUAG